AUGGAGAGGCUGAAUUCAUCCUCGAGGCCCGCGUUCCCAGGGGAUCUAGAGGCGGAUCUAGAGGCGGAUCGCGACUCAGGAACGAAGCCUAAGUCAGGAACGAAGCCUAAGUCAGGAACGAAGCCUAAGUCAGGAACGAAGCCUAAGUCAGGAACGAAGCCUAAGUCAGGAACGAAACCUAAGCCAGGAACGAAACCAAAGCCCAAGCCCUCUGCCGUCAUCUUUCCGAAGCUCGAAGUCCCUUAUCUAGACACAGCAACUGAUCUAUGUGGCAUUUACAUUGACUGUGUCGACAAAGACGCCGGAAAACCGAAUCAUUUCAUCGUCACCGUCGAGCAACCCGCAUCCAGUUUACGAAAGCACACUCUCACGAAGCGAGUUCGCACACCAAAGGGCUUGAAAGCAUUGCCGUACCCCGAAAGCUCAGAUUUUUACUCUGCGUCCCGCGCCUCGAACACGAAGGAGAUACUCCGCUUCCAGAAUACUAAGGUCGGAAGCACGGUAGUGAAGAGUUUCCCGUCUAUUCUGUCGACCGAGACGUACGGAGGUAACUAUGCAACCGAACACAUAAUCGAGCUCCAAACUAUAGGUCUUUUUCGCGAUUGGGCGAUAAAGCGAGAUCCAAAGCUGGAGACCUUCUUCUACAAGGAGUGGGACAAAAAAAGUACGACGGCCAUAAUUCAAGGCAGGACCAAUAAGCCGCAUUACUAUGCCGAGCAAAUUAAGAAAAAAGGCGCUCAGGAGCGCCUGACCCUCAACGAUUUAGUUUUCGAAGCCCUCGGAAGCACAGUGAAUCCCUCAGACUUCGUACUGCUCGAAAACGAGAUUAAUGGAUACAAAAAGCAGCUCUGGACUAUCCAUCAUCCUAUGGCGGCUAAGAAGUUCGAGGACGCAUACCUAGAUGCCUCGAAGGGUGCACGACCUUCUAGCGAAUAUCUCAGCGCAAUCCGGACGGCUUUCGGGGUAUUUAGCUACCUAAGCUCACCAACAGUUCACAGGAAGAUGAUAUCAAUCAACAAGAACGUGAAGAAAGAACUCAGCAACGCGGCACAGAUCACUGGCGCUCCAAAUGUCCAGAAUCUGGCGUCGAUGUGGGACACUUUCCUUGAAGACCGAUUUGCCGAAAUAGAUGAAUGGGCCAAAAAAUGGACUAAGGACAGCAUCGACCUAGCACACAAGGAGGUCAAGUCCGCUCUCGCGAAUUACGAAAAGAUGUUCCGCGAGCGCAAGAACGCAGAGCAACAAGCGCAGAAAGGAGCCAAGGCAGGCAAGGGAUCCAAAGGCAAGGGCAAGGCACCCGCCUCGUAUGCCGACGAGCAGAAAAAGAAGCAGAAGACAUUGUCCACGAAGCUAGCUCAACAGGGUAAAGAGCUGCGCGCACACAGAGCGGAGCUACGCACGCUGAAGGCAACGCAGAAGGCUAGCACGAGGAAGUGGAACAAGACUCAGAGAGAGGCGCACCAGAUCAAGAUCGACAACGAGAAGGUGGAUAUCAAGGGGGCAGAAAGGGCAUAUGGGCUUACGCAGAGGGCGAUUCACGAGCUCUACUCGUAUUCGGUCAAGAUGAUCAUCACAAACUUGAAGAAAGACCAGGCACAGUUGCUCAACUUUGAGAGAAAGGUUACGGGUGCCGGUUGA